GAUUUUGGUUUCAUGAGCUUGAGUUAUUAUUUCUGUCUUUUUCUUAAAUAUACCUUUGCUCAUUUAUGCUAUUAAUUGAUGGUGGAACAUGGUUUUGAUGGCAUUUUGGUGUUUUUACUCCAGACUCAAUAGAAAUGUAAAUUUUUUUUGAACUUAUUCUAACAUUCAAGUGUGUUAGGUCAUGUAAAUCUAGUUUAUAUUUGCACUAUAUAACUAUAUUACUGCUCUCGAUUCUUGGAUUUACAUGCAUGCACUGGCUAACCUUGUAAAUUUAUUUCAUUACAAUGUUCUGAUUUAGUUUAGGAAAAUGGUGACUUCUCUUCUUCUUUGCAUUUAGAUUAACAUGGAAAAGGAACAAAGUCAAUUGCCUUUUGGCGUUAAAGAUCAUAAACUAGAAGCUUGCAUGGUGUCCAUGGAAGUUGAUCCUUCUACUCAUGACAUUAAUAAAAAGCUUGUUGUUUCUAAUGGAAGGGAGUUAAUUGCAUCUGAAAGUGAUGAAAUAUUAGAACCUUGUGAAGGGAUUGAAUUUGAUUUCGAAGAAGCUGCGAGGACAUUCUAUAGUGCAUACACUAGACGUAUAGGUUUCCACACACAUAUUAGCAAGUACUCUCGAUCGAGGCACGAUAACUCUGUUGAAUCAAGACGAUUUGUAUGUUCGAAAGAAGGUUUUCGUGAGGUUCGUGUCAAGAAGGAUGUAUAUGGUGAGCAUAGACAGCAGCAACGAGCAGUUACUCGGGUGGGUUGUAAAAAGUGGGUCAUAACCAGAUUCACAAAGGAACAUAACAGAAAAAGGUUGAAUUGAUGGUAACAUGUGAAGGCA